AGAACACAAGGUUAAGGUUAAGACAUUCCACACAAAGUCAUGUGUGCCAAUGCAACAGCUAGGUAAUACCUUUGUAAGACUGUCCCUCAUCAGCAUGUAUUCUAGUGAAGACAAAUCAGCCAUACCUGAGGACAGUUCGCUUUGACCGUUGUUUUCAUGAUGGGCCGUUGUAACCAGUGUUGGACUUUCCGUCAGAGCAUCAUAAUGGUGGCCAGUCCUUUCCUUCUCCUUCCUGUGCCCAUAGCUGUGUCCAUUACGCAUCCUGAGCAUUCCAAAGCAGGAAAAUGCGCCUAUUCUAUGAUGUUAAUGGCAGUAUAUUGGAUGACAGAAGUUAUUCCGCUGUCAGUAACGGCUCUCCUUCCCGUCAUCUUAUUGCCUCUGCUGGGGGUCCUCCAGUCAGAAGACAUCUGUGCCAACUAUUUACAGGACACCAGCAUGCUCUUUGUUGGAGGUUUAACACUUGCUGUCGCUGUCGAGACGUGGCAGUUGCACAAGAGGAUCGCAUUACGGGUUCUCAUGUUUGUUGGAUCUUCACCUAGAUGGUUGAUGCUGGGGUUUAUGCUUGCUUCUUGGUUCCUGUCCAUGUGGAUCAGUAACACAGCCACCACUGCCAUGAUGAUACCCAUUGUACAGGCAGUUCUAGAUCAGUUGUAUGAGCAUGAGCUUGCAAAGCUACAAGCAGGCAUAGACAACCCUGCUCUCAGUCUGGACAGCAGUGAACAGCAGCUGUCAGCAGGAACCAGCCGUGACAGCCUCAAACUGGAACUGAAAGAUGUAAACUGUACAUCAAGUGAACCUUCCUCUGUUCAGCUUCCUCCAACACGAAGCUCUUCAACACUUCUUAGAGACCAUGAGCUUGAGAAACAAAACAAGCGGAUGACCAAGUGUAUGCUGCUGGCUGUGGCCUAUGCAUCCAGUGUUGGUGGGAUAGCCACCCUCACGGGAACACCCCCAAACUUGGUCAUGAAGGGGCUGGUCACUAAAUUGUAUGCCAAAUAUGGCGCAGAGGAGUCCUUGACAUUGAACUUUGGCACCUGGCUGGUGUACAGUCUCCCCAUUGCCAUGGUAACACUGGUCCUAGCCUGGGGUUGGCUGCAGAUACUGUAUUUCAGGUGCAGAAUGCCUGCUGGGGGAGAUGAAAGUGUCAAAGAAGUGAUAAGGAAAGAAUAUACCAAUAUGGGACCAAUCAGUUUUGCAGAGAUCUUAGUUUCUAUUCACUUUGGUGUGCUGGCCCUACUGUGGAUUACACGAGAUCCUGGAUUCGCACCAGGGUGGGGAAAGUUAUUCCCUGACAAAUAUGUAACAGAUGCCACCCCUGCAAUGCUGAUUGCCAUUUCCUUAUUCAUGUGGCCAAGCCAGAGACCAAGGUUCCUCUGUUGCAAGGAUAGAAAUGAUUCCAGUGAGAUUUCCCCAGUUCCCUCACUUCUGGACUGGGCCACCCUGAACAGGAAGAUGCCAUGGAGUGUGGUCCUCCUGUUGGGUGGGGGGUUUGCUCUGGCUGAUGCUGCCAAGGAGUCAGGGCUGUCCUCUUUAGUUGGCAAUGCCCUCAGUACCUUUGCAGGCAUACCAGCUUCUGCACUGGUGGUAAUACUGGGGGCUAUAGUGGCCUUCCUCACAGAAGUGACCAGUAACACUGCCACAGCCACACUUAUUAUACCCAUACUGGGAGAACUGUCCAUCCAGAUAGGUGUCCAUCCCCUUUACCUUAUAUUUCCUGCCACUUUGGCCUGUUCCUUUGCCUUCAUGCUACCUGUGGCCACCCCACCCAAUGCUAUUGUCUUCUCCUAUGGGACUCUCAGAGUUAGGGAUAUGGUGGUUGCUGGGAUAGGUAUGAAUAUCAUGUGUCUUGCGGUGGUUGCCUUGGCAACUAAUACUUGGGGCUUGGCCUUCUUUAAGCUGGGAGAACCCCCACAGUGGGUUAAGGAUCAGCAUACAACAGUUCCAACUUCUCCAGCAUUUACAGGCCUUGCCAGCACCAUCUACAGUUUUCAAAACUGCACUGGCCUAACAUAAAGAUUAUACUAAUUUUCAUACUGAUUAUUAAAGAGCAUUAUGGACAAUUGUAGAUUGUGGUGACUCACACUACAAAAAGAUUUCUUCACAUUUUUGAUUCAGCUACAUAAAAAUUUUAUAAACAUUGAUUUUUCAA